GAUGCACCUAGCCGAGUUUAGGCUUCUCUGUAUUGUAAGUAUAUUGCCAACCUCGCAGUCAUUCAUAGAGAUCCGUCGUGCAUCAUCAUCACGUCCAGAGCAUCAAAACAGCAAUUGGAUUGAACUAUGAUUGAGCUGAACUGAACUGAACAUCCGAAUGAAACCAACACACUGGGCCAUGUCAACUACAUCUAACCCCGAUAACACGCUCAUCACGGCACAAACAGUACAGCAGCAUGCAUGUGCCGACGACUGCUGGCUCGUCAUCGACGGCAAGGUCUGGGAUAUGACGGCGUUUGCACCACGGCACCCCGGUGGUUCGCAGAUAAUCCUCACCCACGCCGGCCGCGACGCAACAACGGCAUACAACACCAUCCACGCACCGUCGCUCAUCGAGGAAGAAGUCCCAGAAGCGUACAAGGGCCGCUUGGAUCCCUCGACAGUUCCAAAGUCAUGGACCACCACGACCACCACGACCACCACCACAGCAAGCACAAGGCCAGCCCUCACAAGCAUCCUCAACACACACGACUUCGCACACGCCGCACAGCACAGCAUCCCGGCCAAAACAUGGGCCUUCUACAGCUCCGCAGCGACAGACUCCCACACCCACGCCGCCAACACCGCCAUGUACGCCCGCAUAUGGUUCCGGCCUCGCGUGCUGCGCGACGUCAGCAGCGUGAGCAUCAAGGCACGCUUCCUGGGCUGUGCGGCCGUGGACAUGCCGAUAUAUGUAGCGCCCGCGGCAAUGGCACGCAUGGUGCACGUUGAAGGCGAGCGAGCGAUUGCGCGGGCAUGUGCGCGAAAGGGCGUACUACAAUGUAUCUCAACCUCCGCGUCCUUCCCCGCAUCUCAGAUCGUGCCCGUCGCCCCACCCGCACACCCGUUCUUCUUCCAGCUGUACAUCAACAGCAACCGGGCCAAAUGCGCGGCCCUGAUCCGCGAAAUCGCCGCGAUGCCGCAGAUCCGCGGUAUCAUGAUCACGGUCGACGCGCCCGUUGUCGGCAAGCGGGAGGCCGACGAGCGUAUCCGCGCCGACGAGACCCUCCACGCGCCCAUGUCGGGGCAACAGGCCAAGAACGACGCCAAAGGGGGCGGCAUGGGCCGUGUGAUGGGCCGGUAUAUCGAUCCGAGUUUCCACUGGGAGGAGAUUGCGUGGGUGCGGGGCUUGUAUUCCGGGCCGCUGAUGCUGAAGGGCGUGCAGACGGCGGCGGACGCGCGGAUGGCGGUCGAGUAUGGGGUUCAGGGGAUUGUGGUGAGUAACCAUGGAGGGAGGUGUUUGGAUACGAGUCCGCCGAGUAUUCUUGCGCUGUUGGACAUUCAGAGGAAUGCGCCUGAGGUGUUUGACAAGAUGGAGGUGUAUGUUGAUGGGGGGAUCAGACGGGGGACGGAUAUUGUGAAGGCGCUGUGCUUGGGAGCGACGGGCGUGGGGCUGGGACGGCCGUUCUUGUAUAGUCUGGCAUACGGGACUGAGGGUGUGGAGCAUCUGAUUGACAUACUGCGUGAUGAGAUUGAGACAACAAUGAGGUUGCUGGGAGCGAAUUCGCUGAGCGAUCUGCAUCCGGGGAUGGUGAACACGGCCGACGUGGAUCAUUUGGUGCCAAGGGGCCUGGACGGGCAUCCUUAUGCGCGGAAUGUAGAGAGGGCGAAGCUAUAGAUGGAUGGAUCCAAUCAAGUGCAAGUGGUCUAUGAUAUUCAUGAAACAUUAGCUUUAUGAACAGUGCG